CCAAAAUGCGCGCAAAACUGAACCCUACUAGGCAACACUGUGCUCAGCUGUUUCGGUUUUUUGUGAAUGGCCGUUCUCGUGAAAUCGUCUUCGCUUUCAAAAUGUUUCCGUUCAACAUGUUUCACGAUCACCUCGCCCGGCCGUUUAACACUCAGUACCGGUCGUACUCCGUGUCGAUGCUUCCUGGAAAUGAGCGGCAAGACGUAGAAAGAGGAGGAAAGAUUAUAAUGCCCCCAUCUGCACUGGAUCAUUUAACACGUCUCAACAUUGUCUACCCAAUGUUGUUCAAAUUGACCAACAAAAAGUCAAACCGUGAAACCCACUGCGGUGUUCUCGAAUUUGUCGCUGAUGAAGGCAAAGUGUACCUUCCGUACUGGAUGCAGAGGAACCUGCUGCUAGACGAGGGUGACAUAGUCCAAGUAGAGAGCGCCACGCUUCCUGUAGCCACAUUUUCCAAGUUUCAGCCCCUUUCAGUGGACUUCCUGGACAUCACAAAUCCCAAGGCUGUCUUGGAAAAUGCAUUGAGAAACUUCGCUUGCCUGUCGACCGGCGACAUCAUUGCCAUCGAGUACAACAACAAGAACUACGAACUGUGCGUGCUGGAGACCAAGCCAGGCAAGGCGGUGUCCAUCAUAGAGUGUGACAUGAAUGUUGACUUUGCACCCCCGGUUGGGUACAAGGAACCUGAGUCCAGGAAUGCUCCAAAGGCGCAGGAAAAAGAGGCAGAGAUGGACUAUGCUGCCUUUGAGACGGAGCCCACUGGCUUUGUGGCAUUCAGUGGCACGGGGAACAGGCUUGACGGCAAGAUUCGGUGUCAAGAAGCAGCUGCAAACAGUGUGGUCAAGACUAUUCCCAAAAGGGGCAUUCCAGACUAUGACUACGUCAUUGGCACUCUGCGUUUCAUCCGGACAGCUCGGCCAACUGUAGAGGAUACAGACGCCAAGGCUAAAGACGAGUUUUCAGCCUUUUCAGGCAAGGCGCAUUCUCUGAGACAGCAAAAGACCCUGAAGUGAACUAGUGUCGGGAUGAUUAGGCACAAAACAUGAUUGUACAUGAAACACCAGCUGAAAUAAAAUUUACACAUUUUA